AUGAUCUGGUUGAAGCAUCCCUACGUUUCAUUUUCUAUUUGCAUUGUAUUUUUCAAUUUGGUGACAGGACAGGGUUUCCUGGAAUUGUUUAACGAUAUAAAAUUCAAAACUAAAAAGUUUCUGGAUCCAUCACAAACAACAUUAGAAAGGUUAUCCAGUGUAGUUGAUUAUAAUGGACAUAUUGUGUAUUCAAAUAAUCAGACUGAAGUCGUUUUUGAAGAGAUAAACAGUAGGAACGUUACAAGGAUUGAGGGAAGUUUGAUUGACUUAACGACUUUCAAGCAACCAGACGACUACUUUUUGAUUCACUUGGGUACAAUUGAUAAAUCAUGGAACGUCGACGAAUUCAACGAUUUCACAACAAUACUUGACAAUACAAAAAAAAUGACCAAAGCCUGGAACACAUUAUUUGGAUUUACUUUAAGUUUCACUUCUAAUCAAACAAUGAAAAACUUACCCUAUGUCAAAGCUUCAAUAAGGGACUUGAAACAAUAUAUGAUUUUCAAAAAUAUGGAACACGUAUCAAUGGGUAUUGAGAUUGACAAAAAUGAUUCAAUCCCAAUGAUGAGUAACGUAGUAGAUUAUUUUCACUGUGACAAUAAGUACGCCCCAAAUUUUUAUUUUGCUGAAGGCAAACUCAUUGAUAUCAAUCAUGAUAAUAGCUCGAGUUUCAUAGCUAUGAACAAAUCAUGUUCUAAUAUCUUCUUAAAUGGAAUUAACCCUAAUUUCAUCCCGUACUCGCCACGUGCAAGUAGAUGUGAUUGUAUAAUGGCAAUGUUAAAGUGUGUGGUAGAUCAAGGCACUGAUUUUUCUUUUGCCAAUGACGAGACUCUUCUGAAUGAAAUUUGCUCAUCAGUUCACUGCGGCUCAAUAUUAAAUGAGCCUGAAAAAGGGAAUUAUGGUGUUUUUGCUAGCUGUAAUAAUAUCCAAAAAUAUUCCAUCGCAUUUAACUUGUACUAUACAUUACAUAACAAUGAGGAAGCUUUCUGUAAUUUUGAUCAUAAAGCCAAAGUUCUUAAGAAAGAAGGUUCGGUGAAUGACUAUCUGAAAUUACUUGAUUUCGAUGGUAAACAAUGCAAUGAAGAAAUCAUGGAAGACUGGAAUAAGUAUCUUAUCGGUAUAUCAAAAACAGUCGGCGACAAUAAUAAACCAGGUAGAGAAAAGGUUUAUAAUUAUGAUGUUGAAUUCAAAACUGAUGCAAAUAAUAACGAUGGCCAUAGUGACUUCAGAAAUUCUUCAGCAAAUGGCAAAAUCAUUUCGCUUACCAUUCUAAUAUGGUUGCUCAUCAAAAAUUUGCUAUAG